AUGUAUUGUCGAGGACAUCAAAACGGCACUGUUUUAACUCUUUCUCCAAAUGGUGAUGAUUUAUGUUCUCAUCUUCCGGAAGAACUCAUUGUUGAAAUCCUCCUGAGACUUCCGGUAAGAUCCCUCCUUCAAUUAAAAUGCAUUUGCAAAUUAUGGAAAACUCUUGUUUCAGAUUCUAAAUUUGUAAAGCGCCAUCUUCAAAUCUCAACUGUUGAACCAAACUUAAUCCACCAGCGAUUGUUCUUUUAUCAUUUGGGUGAACCCUGCAAAAUCUUACAUAUUCCUUUAAAGACAUUAUUCGGACACCUAUUACCUCCCGUUAGCUCUAGCGGGAUGACGAAGCACCCAUAUUGGAUUAUAGGUUCAUGCAAUGGAUUGUUAUGUUUGUAUGAUCGAACUCGACAUUGUGUCAAACUGUUCAACCCUUCUAUCAUGUUCAAAUCCAAAAAGUCACCAAGUGCUUUUUCUCUUGAUUGGAUGAUCAGGCACCAUGGCUUUGGAUAUGAUCAAGUUAAUGACAAGUACAAAGUACUACUUGUUAUGCGAAAUAAGAAUGAUCCAAGUCAACCUUUAACCAAAAUUUAUACCUUUGGUGAAGAUUCUUGGAAAAUUAUUCAGAAUUUACCGGGAUAUCCUCAAGUGUAUUUGGGGAAAUUUGUCAGUGGCACUUUAAAUUGGAUAGCUGGAAAAAGAGGUGUAAUUCUUUCCUUUGAUUUUGAGAAGGAGACUUACAAGGAAGUGUUGUUCCCUCAAGAUGAUGGUGAUAACGAAACUCUAUAUGUUUUAAAUGAUUGUCUUGGUGUGUGUCAUGUGUCUAACAAAACUAAUUGGAUUGCGUGGUUGAUGAAAGAGUACGGAGUUGUUGAGUCAUGGACAAAAUUUAUGAUCAUCUCUCUUGACAAGUUCAACAAACAACCUUCUAGUGUUAUUCCCACGUUCGUUUCAAAAAAUGUUGUUCUUCUAAAGAACGAAUAUACUUCCCAAUUUAUCCGGUAUAACUUAAGUAGUGGUCAGUUGGAUUAUUUAUUGAAAAGUACCAACAAUAUUAGGAUCAAUCUACAUAUUUGCUAUGAGAGUCUUGUAUCCCUGCCAUGGUAA